AUGUUUAGAGACGAGUCAAAAAAGGUGAUCAAGAAAGCUCACGCGCAGUGGGGCGUCCCCGAGGGCUCCGAAAACGAGAACGGAUCUGCUAUAUUGUCCACGUCGACUGCUCCGACUCCGCCAUCGUCGUCUCCAGCUUACAGCCGAAAGAGCACACCGACUAGCGGCGGAAAUGCAUCACGGUCAGGAAAGGCUUCAGCCUCACCAGUUUCCGCCUCCGUCUCCCCAUCUUCGAGCCACCACUCCCCGGGCUCGGUGUCUCCGAUGGUGUUACCGAUUGUCAAACAAGAACCAGUCCGGGAGACGAGUCCUUUGACUAUUCGCGUUGGUCCUACCCUGGAGGAACAAGGCCUGCAAUUUUACGUCAAUCGAUACCUCGUAGGACAUCCAGAUGAAGUCAAAUCGGCCUCAGAUCUUGCCUCAGAACCUUGGGUAUGGCACCCAGCGUUGCAAGAUGUUAUGUGCGCCGUGGGGCUUGCCGGGCUGCACAAUCUGACGGGAAACAUUGAAAUGAUGUCGAUGGCACGGGAGAAGUAUGGGUCUGCGCUACGUCAGACUGGAAAGCUGAUACGUCCGCCGCACACCCCAAGUAUUGACGUAACUAUGAGGGCCGUCGUGGCAUUAGCGAUGUUCGAGGUUGUCAAAGGAACUCACCAUUCGACAGGCACUGUUCAUGCCCAUGUCAUGGGUGGUGCUGCAUUGAUGAGGAGUUGGUGCCCGAUGCCUAGCGUGCCCUUUGGUGGAUUUAGAGCCCUACUGCAGUUAUGUUACUCGAUGUUUAUUCCUCUUCACGUAGCGGGAAUGCCGAUGCCUCCGGACUUCUACGACUGGGUUUCUUACGGAUCGCAACUACAGAUGCCUUUUGAUCUUCCUUCAACCGAUCUGGCAGUCCUGAUCGCCCGCUUUGUAGAAAUAUCUUCUUUCAUCAACAAUCACGUCGUUAGCGACGGCAAACCCAAGACGGCCAAUGUCAUCCAGCAACUCCUGGAAUUGGACGCUGACCUUUCGGCUUGGGAGGCGGGGCUAAAGGGGGAAUGGGAAUAUCGUGUCGUCCACGCGACCCAUUUGCCACCGAAGGCAGUCUUCCAGGGUGAAUACCACAAGUAUCAUGAUGUCUGGACUGCUCGCAUAUGGAACUACUACCGAUGGGCCCGAAUACUGGUCAACCAGACCCUACUCGACUUGGCAAAUCAGAAUCCUGUAUCAAAUGAUGAGCAAACGAUCAAGGUUGCCUCCAAAAAGGACACCAAGAACCAAUCCAACGGACCUAUCAAGCUGAAGAAGCCCGCGCCGAAGUACAGCAAACCCGGAAAUUGGAGGGAAGGGAGCGUCAUCGACGAUGACAAAAAGUCCAAGAACUCCGAGUCAGCAUCAAUCUCCGUAGCCUCGCCAGGCCCGGUAGUCAACCCCCUUGACGACAACGCGCGUGAAGCGUUUGCGACCGGUCGACCCCUCGAGGACAGCCCUGAUCUGCAACAAUGCAAACAUUGCAAGAAGAGCAUUCUCAAGACAGCCGCAAAGGCACACAUUGCGCAGUGUCUAAGGUUGAAGAAAGAGAAGGCUCAGAGGAAGAAGGAGGCGAGAGAAGCCCGCGAGCGAGCCAAAGAGGCCGCGAGAGAGGAGGAAGCCAGAAAGGCCGACGAGGAUGGUGACGGCAAGGGUGAAGAUGACAGCGACGGUGAUGACGAUGGCGCUGAAAAAAAGACAACCGGGAACAAGACCGCCAAAAAGGCCGCAGGCAAGAAGACAGAUGGAGAGGCGGGCAAGGGGAAAAAGCGCAAAGCGGAUGGCGAUGCGGAUAAGGGGCCAAAACAGAAAAAGAAAAAAGAGGAACCGAAACCCAAAGCCCCCAAACCGAAAGGACCUGUUGAUGUUGAGCGGCAGUGUGGUGUUCUGCUGCCAAAUGGUCAGCCAUGCGCGAGAUCACUGACCUGCAAGAGCCAUAGCAUGGGCGCGAAACGUGCAGUGGCGGGACGAUCUUUACCAUACGACAUGCUACUUGCUGCAUAUCAGAAGAAGAACCAGGCAAAGCAACAGAAGGCUGCGCUCGAUGCCAACGCGCCGCUCGAGGACGAGGACGAAGCCAAUGCGGGACCUGUGGACUCCGACGAGGAAACAGCCGCCGUCAUGAGCGCGCUGGCGCACUGGAACCCGCAGCCCGUGGUGCCACAACCAGUGUUGAACCCAAUCAAGAGACAAUACCAGCUCGCACGUCUUCACGAGCAGCUGCAAAUGGCCACAAACGGUGGCCGAACCAAUAUUUUCAAGGUUGUAGGUUUAGGUGCCCAAAAACUGCCUGAUGGCCACUCAGGGGCUUGA